GGCCUUUCCUCUCUGCUGCUUCCAUUCCUUUCUGAUACUACUUGGUUAGUUUGAUCAUGCCUAGCCUUGGAGGUCUCCACUGUACCCUGACAUGACGUCUCUCUCUGCCCUGUGCUCUCCACCUUCUGUCCUGCCUCAGGGUCCCAUAUUGGCCCUCUUUGCCAUGUCCUUGGGAGCCAGCCUGUUUCUUCCUUCUUUCCUAGGGUACUAGGGAAUUCCUUACCAUGGCCUCACUGGUUGCCCAGGAAACUGUUCUCUUGGUUUCCCACAGUGACUCAGUAUCUUUUUGUGUAGUGUACACAGCCACCUCCCUCCCUUCGAGAACCGGAACAGGCAAGCCUUGGUGAGGCCCAUUAUCGCACCUGUGGCUGCCUGCCUCACCCUGCUCCUGUAACUGCACUUUUGUUCCCCCAGGAUCCCUGGGGAGUUUUGGACAGCUGGGUGCCAGGCCCUUCCUGCUCAAACACUGCUGGGAGAGAUUGAUGGGCAAGCAGGUCCUUGUUCUCUCCUGUCCUUCUGAACCAACACUGGACAGGCUCAGGAGUACCUGCAGUGGGCAGGUACAACAUUCACCACAACCUUAGAAGGACAGGCCUGCAGUAUUGGAUACCUAGCUCUGGAAUGAAGUUUUCAGGAGAGGCCAGAAAUGACCUUCUAGCUACUCUCACAUCUUGAUGGUCCCCCUCAUCUGAAGUCAGAUGAGGAAGGAAAGGCCUUAGAGCAGCAUUUCCCAAUCUGUGGGUCACGGCCUCCUUGGGGGUCGAACAACCCUCUCACAAGGGUCGCAUGUCAGAUAUCCUGCAUAUCAGAUAUUUACAUUAUGAUUUAUAACAGUAGCAAAAUUACAGUUAUGAAGUAGCAAUGAAAAUAAUGUUAUGGUUGGGGGUCAUGACAACAUAAACAACUGUAUUAAAGGGUCACAGCAUCAGGAAGGUUGAGAACCACUGCCUUAGAGUCUUUGAGGUCUCCAGGUCACCUUUCCACUUAAGAAAUUCAAAGAAUUGGCUCAGCCACACCCCUAGGGCUAUUUGGGUCAGGCCUCAUUGCCCUAUAGCCUUCUUUUGCCUGCCUAUCUUCACAACUCUAUAGCCUAUCCCCCCUGCCUUCUUCACAACUCUACUAAAUAAAUGCUUGUAACACAUUAGGUCUCAAAUCCCCCUGAGUGUCAAACCUUGGGGUGUCAUACCCUACAGCAGAGAUCACCACCCUGGUUGCUGCUGGAAGAUUGGGUCACAAGGUGAGUGAACUGCAACCAGAUAGUAUCAACAUUGGAGAUGUUCCUGAGGCCACCCCCUGUUUACUGAUGCAAGACCAAGGCCCUGUCCUCAGUGUGACUUCCCAUUCACAGGCUAAACAUGACACAAGUAGAUGUCCCUGUGUCACUCCUGAGAUCAUGACAACCUCAUGAAGGGCACCCAUAUCCCCACUGAUAGAAGAAACCAAGGCCUGGAGAAGAGGACCUGUUGUCUGUGUGUAAUGUGUCCCAGAAUAGGGCUAAGUACCACACCUGGUUUGUCCAGAUCUGGCAACCACAACCUAGUCCCUAUGAGACUUAGAGGUAGGGUUUGGCAGAAGACACAGCCUUCCACCAUACUCUGACUUCCUCUUGCCUGUGAGGACACAUUCCUCUGGCCUGUGACAGUGCUCAUCACUUUUUGGAACCUGCUUGCAGCCAGAGCCUGCUUCCCAGUCUAUAAACAUGGGGCGUGUGUCCUGGUAGCUGCAAGCUCAUGAGGAGGCGGCAAGCAAGCCGGCUGCACAGGUCCUGCGGCCUCAGGCCUCCUGGUUGCCCAAUUGGUGGCUGGGGGCGGGCUAUGGCCUCUGAUUAAAGGCUGCCUGAAGCAGCCUGUGAAGAGACAGGUGCCCAGAAGCCCUGGAAGCCAACUGAAGCCAGUCCCAGCUUUAGGCCUCACUGUUCCUGUGAGAACAUCAGCAUGUCUGAGCUGCCCCGGGCUGAGACCUUUGUAUUCCUGGACCUGGAAGCCACUGGGCUCCCAAACAUGGAUCCUGAGAUUGCAGAGAUAUCCCUUUUUGCUGUCCACCGCUCUUCCCUGGAGAACCCAGAGCGGGACGACUCUGGUGCUCUGGUGCUGCCCCGUGUGCUGGACAAGCUCACACUGUGCAUGUGCCCGGAGCGCCCCUUUACUGCCAAGGCUAGUGAGAUUACUGGUUUGAGCAGUGAAGGCCUGAUGCACUGCCGGAAGGCUGGUUUCAAUGGUGCUGUGGUGCGGACACUGCAGGGCUUCCUGAGCCGCCAGGAGGGCCCCAUCUGCCUUGUGGCCCACAAUGGCUUCGAUUAUGACUUCCCACUGCUUUGCACAGAGCUACAACGCCUGGGAGCCCAUCUGCCCCAAGACACUGUCUGCCUGGACACGCUGCCUGCAUUGCGAGGCCUGGACCAUGCUCACAGUCAUGGCACCAGGGCUCAAGGCCGCAAGAGCUACAGCCUGGCCAGUCUCUUCCACCGCUACUUCCAGGCAGAGCCCAGUGCUGCCCAUUCAGCAGAGGGUGAUGUACACACGCUGCUUCUGAUCUUCCUGCAUCGUGCUGCUGAGCUGCUUGCCUGGGCAGAUGAGCAGGCCUGCAGCUGGGCUCACAUUGAGCCCAUGUAUGUGCCACCUGAUGGUCCAAAAUUUGAGGCCUGAAUGCCAGCAUUAUCUAUUCAUCCAGGCUCUAAGACAUGUUCUUGCUCUCUGCAGCACCUGCCUGGCCUUCCUCAGCCCUGGCCUACCUGGCCAUAGGAUCCUAGAGCCUUCUCUGUGCCUUACCUCCAGUUGAACACCCUCUGGCUAGCCUGGGCUCCUGCAGUCUGCUCCUUCAGGGCUUCUACCUUUCACCCCAUUUAUCAAUAAAUAUCACCAACUAUUUACCUGCUGA